AUGAUGACAACGAGCUAUCCACACAAUGGGGGCAUGCAACCCCAGGGCAUGCAGCACGCGCACCCAGGCAUGGGCGGCCCAGGCCCACACCCAGGACAGCCUGGAAUGCAGCCCGGCAUGCAGCACGUUUCCGGUCCCAAUGGCCCCGUCAGUCAGGCAGGGCCCAUGAUGGGCAUGCAGCCGGGCAUGGGUGCCAAUGCGCAUGCCCUCUCCCACCUACAGCCGCAGCAGCACAUGUUCCAGCAGCAACAGCAGCACCAGAUGAUGAACCCUGCAAUGAUGCAACAGCAGAGAACUGCCCAACAGGCCUUCAUGCACCGUCAGCAACAACAGGCCAUGCUUGCCCACCAGCAGGGCGGCAUGGGAAUGGGGUUCCAGAACCCCAUGGCAAACUUGAACCAGGCACAAGCACAGCAGCUACAAGCAAUGAGAAAUGGACAAAUGGGGCAAGGACCGUUCGUCAAUCUUCCUCCCCACUUGCUCCAGCAACAGCAGCAGAUGGGCCAGCAACCCGGAGGCCCGCAGCACCAGGCUGCCAUGGCCCAAGCAGCCCAUCAACAAGCUCAACAGCAUCAGCAAAUGCAGGCGCAGCAACAAGCGAUUGCGAUGCAACAUGCGCAGUCUCAGUCGAGCAACCACAGCCAGGCAGGGAAUCAGGGACCGCCGCCAACCACCCAGCCCCAGCAAGGGCCUCUUCGCCCUCCAUCCGCGAUAGGGAGUCACCAGGGACAAUCUUCGCCAGCUCCUCAACCUACACCCCAACAGCAACCACAACCACCGCCCCCGUCACAGCAACAACAACAGCAACAGGCACACCAACAGCAGCAGCAACAACAGGCUCAACAACAACAGCAGCAGCAGGCGCAACAGCAGGCUCAACAACAAGCACAGCAACAGGCACAGCAGCAGGCGCAACAACAGGCACAACAACAGCAGCAACAGCAACAGUCAUCCCAGCCACCACAAUCAGGUCCAGUGCCACAACAGCAGACGCCAGCUCCGUCUCAGCCGCCAAAUCUACCUCAACAAGCGAACCAGCAGGCCCAGAACCAAGGUCAGGUACAACGGAAUCCGGCACUAGUACAGCAAGCGCAGGCACAGGCGCAAGCGAACGCUGCCCAAAAUCAAGCCCGUCAAAUGGCCAUGAUGCAGCAGAAACAAGCACAGAGCGUAUCCUCAGGCCAAGGGACGCUUAAGCUGUUGAACUUUGUGGAGCAAAUAGGGAACUUCAAUGCCUCGAACAACAACAUUGAGUGGUGGCAGGCCUUCGUGGAUAGGUUCUUCGCCGAGUCUGGGUCUUUCGUCCACGUCGUCUGCUCCUCAAGUACAGAGAGAACGAAGCAGUUCGAGAUCGUGUAUGCUGCUUUGCCGCGGUACUUCUACACCCUCUUUAACACCGACGUCACCAACUUGCAAAUUACUCUAGACGGGGCGGCCGAGAAGACCUCAAAUGGUGAGCUCAAAGUGACUUGCGAGCGAGCGAAGUUCAUAUACACAUACAAGAACUCCUGUCAGGUCGUUUACCAAGGCAAGUUGACUGCAUUCUGGUCUGGUUCAGACAAGAUGGAGUGGUUGGUGUUCGAGGGAGCGAGCCAUGAGCAAUUCAUACCGCUCAAUGCGCUGAAGCAAAUGUUUGUCCAACCGUCACCGAACCAACUAAACCCCAACCAAUCGCCACGCAUGAAGAACAAGAAGCAAGCACAGCAGCAACGAACCAUGCCAGAACCACCAGAGGCGUAUCUGCCUAUCAACAAGUUGAUCAGCGCUAGCACUACAGACUAUGGUUUGCCGCACGGCUUGCAAAGCUAUCUCGAGAUCUACGAGCCAAUGAACCACAUGUCAAGCUUAAUGGUGCACUACCUCGAAAAUCCCCAUAUGAAGCCAAGCGAAGCGUUGGAGUCAUGGAACAACAAUAUGUCGAAUAGCCAGGGCGCUCUGCAAGGCCCGCAACACCCGAAUCAAGGGCCACAGCAAGGACAAGGCAUGCCACCCAACAUGCAACCCGGGCCUCGACCAGGAGGGCCUGGCCAACCCGGUCAGAUGUUCAUGUCGCCCGCCAUGCAGAAUUCCCUGCUUCCCAACGGAUCCAUGGGGGGUUCACCUCACUUCCAGCACACACCGUCACCCAACUCGCAGCCCAUGAUGAAACAGCAGAGCACAAGCUCGCACACCAUGAGCUCGAACACGUCUCCCAACAUGAUGAACAACAAGCGGCGGCGGAGUACAGCCAAAAUGGAAAACGACGACGGUGGCGGAGAGAUGAACGGCGCGCCCAAGGUCAAGCAAAGCCCAAGAGUCGGGGGUAACAAGAGGAUGAAGGCAGGCCAAUAG